AUGCCUUCACCGUUCGCGAAUGCAAAGCAGGUUGACGACAGUCAUUCCUACAAAGAACCUAGCUCAAAGUUGCAUCCGACAAAAGAAAAGGCAGACGCGAAGAUCAAUACACUUCAGGGUACCAAACGAUGUCGCUCUCAUCCUCAAGAGACGCAGAAAUCAGAUUCGGUCUUGCCCCCGCCUUCCAGGAAGCGCUAUUUACACCCGGCGGUAUCUGAUAAGAAUGAUCUUUCCUCGAAUGCUUCAUUCGUAACCUCUCGUGAUAUCCCAUUCCGCCCGCACCACGAUUCCAUGUUUUCGCUCCCACCAAGCCAAAGGCCUACUUCCUUUUCAUUCUCAUCUCCUCGGCCUACAUCUUCUCAUUCUAAAGCCCCUUCAGGAUCUGACCAGCGGUUAGCCUCGGAGCAACAAAAAGAAGUUGUCUCUACGUUCGAAUCUUCCUCAUUCCCAGUUGUUUCAUUUUCUCGACAGCCAUCUGCACGCUUAUCGAACCAGCGAUCGAACGUGCCUAUUCGCAAGUCGAAAAAGGAUGAUGCCAAGAUUGGUGACAAUCCUCUUCCACAACUUCUAUCUGAGUUGAAUAAGCUACGUAAAGAGUCCAGCUUGGUCCAUGAGAAGCAACAAGCUAUUCUGGAUGAGCUACGGAGAAUGGGAACUGAAGAUAGGAUAUUGGAGCCCAUGUUUGCGGUGAUUGGCAUUCGAAAUGAAGCUGAUCAUGGAAUAAAUGUGGAUCCGGAGGGUAUGUUGUUUGUUCUUCUGAAAGCUCCCGGUCUUAAUCAAUUAUCAUCAGCCGCAAAGACCCGCUUACGUGCAAUUGAACAAGAGAUAACAAUUGAGCGAAAGAGAAGGAAUAAGGCGAUGGAUGAACUUCGGACCAUCGAAAGGGAGGGAAGAGAUCCUUUUGUUGUCCCGGCUUUGUUACAUGCCUUCAUCUCGCUUUCGAAAUUGACGACUGACACGAACUCAAAAUUGAAAAAUGACUAUGUCCAGGCAAAAUGA